AUGGUGAAAGUUAGUAAAAAGGAUGACCAUAGACUCUGUUGCUCAUCCCCAACUCAGAUAGGGCUCAUCAUCGGCGCUUGCACUCUCUCCUCUGCCGGCACUCCCUCCGUCGUCUCCCCUAAUCUGUUUCUACUAGAGCUCGCAUUCCCUGCGCACACUACUCAUGGUGUCGUCAAUGCACGUUUUGACUGUGCCGUCACCGCCGCUAGAAGAGCACUCAACCGCAACAAAGGCAACGAAUGGCCUUCUGCUUCCAGCGCUCACCGAGCCCGCUAUCUCUGCGCCAUCGCUGCCAAGAUCGUCGAGAGAAAGGAUCACCUCGCUAAGCUUGAAUCCCUUGAUUGCGGAAAACCAUUCGAUGAAGCUGCCUGGGACAUGGAUGAUGUUGCUGGUUGCUUCGAGUUUUACCCUGACCUUGCCGAGAAACUCGACGCUAAGCAGAAGGCACCCGUUUCUCUUCCCAUGGAAACUUUCAAGAGUUAUGUCCUCAAAGAACCCAUUGGUAUUGUUGGAUUAAUUACCCCAUGCUGCUUGCUUCCACGGUGGACGUGAUGAUCCGAUACCCAGCCCAUUUAACCCGUUGACAGAUGGCAGCACCCAGCCCAUAAUUCAUGUACUCACCAGGUAUGAUAUCUUGACCCUGCUAGCUUGGGGUGUUCUUUACAGGUUCUUCUUCUACUUAGUACUGAGAUUUUACUCCAAGAAUGAGAGAAAAUGAUGAACCAAUCAUAUAUAUACUAUGUCUACUUUUUUUGUUCUUGAUAAAGUUUUAGACUUCUAUGUACCAUUUUCCUAUGGUUUGUUGAAAAUGUGAAA